AUGAGUGACGAUGGAAAUGAAAAACUUCAGCAAAUAGCUACAUCUUCCCCAUGUCCAUUGAUUGAAACGAAAAUAUUUUAUUAUAUCGAUGAUCAAGAGCCGCCUUAUCUAACAAAGUUAUGUCAACAACAUCCAGUUAAAUUAAAAGAUUUUAAGAAUGCUCUCGAUCGAAAUUGUUCAAAAUAUAAAUUUUUCUUCAUGGCAUCUGAUAAUACAAUUGGAAAAGUGAAAGAAGAAAUAAUAAACGAUGAUCAAAUAUUACCUUACGCCGAUCAUGAAUUUGAAGCUAAUCAAUAUUUUUUUUCUGAAGGAAGUACAACAUCGGGAGGCGAUCGCUCUUCGACAGCUAGCGGCGAAAGACAUCAGUAUAAACAACAACGAAUAAUUGACGAUGAUACAUUGACGACAACAAUGAAUAGUUCAUCAUUCAUUCAACAGCCAAGAUUACAACGAAAUUCUCGUCGAUAUCAUUCAAGUGCUAGUCAAGAUCAUCGAUUUUUAAUCAAACAACAACGCCAACAUCAAGAUUCGUCAUUUCCCAGUAGCGAUCUUGAUACAACAACAUUUCUGGAUGAUACAGAAGAUGACAGAUAUUCGACUAUUACAGAUUCAACAACAGUGUCAUCUCGAUAUCAUGGAAGAAAUCGUCAACGAAGAAGAAAACACCGGUUGCCAGUAGCUAUUGAUCGUGCUUCAUCAUUCAGUAGUCUCAAUUCAGAUUCGACAAUGACAUUAAACAUCAUUACUGUAACAUUAAACUUAGAUUCUGUGAAUUUUCUUGGCAUAAGUAUUGUCGGACAGAGUGACAAGAAUGGAAUGAGUGAUGGAGGAAUUUAUGUGGGAUCUAUUAUGAAAGGUGGAGCUGUUGCUCAUGACGGCCGUAUUGAACCCGGCGAUAUGAUUUUGCAAGUAAAUGAUAUUAGUUUUGAAAAGCUUUCUAACGAUGAUGCUGUUAAAAUAUUACGUGAAGCUGUCCAAAAACCUGGUCCCAUAAAAUUAGUUGUUGCAAAAUGCUGGGAUACAUCGCCUCGUGGAUAUUUUACAUUACCUCGUCAUGAACAAGCUCGUCCAGUUGAUCCUCUCUCUUGGCUUGCGCAUAAUCAGGCUGUUACAAAUACAUUUAAUCCUCAAGUAAGGCAAUCGUUACCACACCAUAAUUCAACAACAAAUAUGAAUUCAACUAUAUCAUCGGGAAACAAUACAUUAGCUGAUAAUGAAAGGUUUGCUUUGGAUCUAAAUUUAACAGUAAAUAGUGAUAUGGAUACAAUAUUAAGAGCAAUGACAGAAAAAGAUUCUGGUCUAGAUAUUCGAGACCGUUCUUGGUUAAAAAUGCCCAUUCCCAGAGCCUUUUUAGGUUCGGAUCUUGUAAAUUGGCUAUUUGAACAUGUUGAAGGGUUUAUUCAACGUAAUGACGCUCGAAAAUAUGCCAGUAGCAUGUUGAAAGCUGGUUAUAUUCGACAUACAGUUAAUAAAUUAACAUUUAGUGAACAAUGUUAUUAUGUUUUCGGAGAUUUAUAUACGCAAGGUAUAUCCCAACUAACAUUAGAUGAAGAACCGGAAGAUUAUGAGUCUGUAUUAGAAAAUGAUCGUGAUACAUUGGCUCCAUUAAAACCAACAACAUACGGUUAUCUAGAUAAAAAUAAUACUGCUCUUUAUUCUCCACAACAAACAUUUCACGAUUCUACGUUACCAGCAGCUAUAACGCAGUCAACGCAUAGUAAUUCAGGUGGGUCAUCAUGUUCAAAAGAUGCUCUUAGUGUUAAAUCAUCAUCAACAAGUAGUACAACAUCGGAUAUUGAUAGUUUAAAACUAUCAUCAAAACAAAAACAACAAAAACAACAACAACAUCACCAUCAAAAUUCAACGUUAAAUAAUUCUAGACAAUUAGAAUCUGUACCAGAUCAAUUACGUUCAAGUAAAGAAUCAUUUCUACAAGCAAUGGCUCAUCCAUGUGAAUUUUUUGUUGAUGUUAUGUAA